AUAUCGAUUUUUUUUCUGCGUAUACAUAACACAGUUUUUAGUUGCAUCCGAAAAAAGAUUGAAAUACCAGCGACAAAGGCUUAAACUAAACUUAAACAGUGCCAAUAGCUUUAUUGGGUUAUUACGCGAACACUUAAAACCCGGAUCGCAUUGGAAAAAGGUAAAUUAUUAUUUACAGCGGCAUGGAGGAUCCCAAUCGGAUGUUGGCCCACACUGGUGGCAUGAUGGCACCACAGGGCUAUGGUCUGUCCGGUCAGGAUGAUGGUCAAAACACUGGCAGCGAGAACGAGGUGCGCAAGCAAAAGGAUAUUGGCGAGAUAUUGCAGCAAAUCAUGAGCAUUUCGGAGCAGUCGCUGGACGAGGCGCAGGCUAGAAAGCAUACGCUCAACUGUCAUCGCAUGAAGCCGGCCCUGUUCUCGGUGCUGUGCGAAAUUAAAGAGAAGACCGUCCUUUCAAUUCGCAACACCCAGGAGGAGGAGCCACCAGAUCCGCAACUCAUGCGCUUGGACAACAUGCUGAUUGCCGAGGGCGUGGCAGGACCAGAAAAGGGCGGCGGUGGCGCAGCAGCAGCUUCUGCUGCGGCGGCUAGUCAGGGCGGAUCUCUGUCAAUAGAUGGGGCUGAUAAUGCCAUAGAGCAUUCCGACUACCGUGCCAAGCUGGCGCAGAUUCGCCAGAUAUACCAUCAGGAAUUGGAAAAGUACGAGCAGGCAUGCAACGAGUUUACCACUCACGUUAUGAACCUCUUGCGCGAACAGAGUCGCACCAGACCCAUUACACCGAAGGAGAUCGAACGCAUGGUGCAGAUCAUACACAAAAAGUUCAGCUCCAUACAAAUGCAGCUGAAGCAGUCGACCUGCGAGGCAGUCAUGAUCCUUCGAUCGCGCUUCCUGGACGCGCGUCGCAAGCGCCGCAACUUUAGCAAGCAGGCGUCGGAGAUCCUCAACGAGUACUUCUACAGUCACUUGAGCAACCCCUAUCCAUCCGAGGAGGCCAAAGAGGAACUGGCACGAAAGUGCGGAAUAACAGUCUCUCAAGUGUCAAAUUGGUUUGGCAACAAGCGAAUUCGCUACAAGAAGAACAUCGGCAAGGCCCAGGAGGAGGCCAACUUGUAUGCUGCCAAGAAGGCUGCAGGCGCCUCGCCAUACUCAAUGGCCGGGCCGCCGAGUGGUACCACCACACCAAUGAUGUCACCCGCCCCACCGCAGGACUCAAUGGGCUACCCGAUGGGAUCCGGCGGCUACGAUCAGCAGCAGCCGUACGACAACAGCAUGGGCGGCUACGAUCCCAAUCUCCACCAGGACCUAAGUCCCUGAGGAUAGCACCAUAUAACAAUAUGCAUACGUACAUACAUACAUAUUUUCUAAUGACUGCUUGUGGUGUUGUUGUGCUACGUCCGUGCGUGUAUGGUGUGAGUCUGUAUUGACGACCAGGUUGGCAGUCUAUCCAAUAAUGUAUACGACUAAAAUAUAUAAUAAUAAUUAAAUGCGCACCUCUUGAGCAUUGGUACAUGCAUCCCGCUUACAUUCAAAUCGAUUUCUAUAUUUACCUAUAUUUGUGGAUAUAUACGUAAAUUGCAUAUACCUAUAUAAACGUAGAGUAAUUCAGGGCGUGGUGCAAAUGUAGACCUAUCUUUUUUUCGUUUUUAUUAUUAAAACAGUCACUUGUUUUUUUUUUUGUAUUUUGAAAUUGUAGCCGAGACAUUCCUUUGGCAGCGAACAGGUCUUCCUGGCGAGCUACUUUGAAAGCCCAACAGCAGUAACUAUAAAUUAUGUCCGAUUCAUCAGUAAGAAAUUCAGUAUAAAUAAUAAAAUCAAUAUUUAAUGUUUCAUAUAUAUUACUUGCCACUAAUAAUUAUAAUUUUAUAUUUACUUAAUCGCUCCAAAAAUAACUAUUAUUAUUUUGAACAAAAAAAUAUCGCUCAAAAAGUAAGCAUUAAUUUUUGACCGAUAUUUUUCUCACUCAAAAUAAUGUUAAUUAUUUUUUGAGCGAUCAAAUAAAACUGAAAAAUUAAUAAAUAAAAGUGGUAUAUAAAUCUAGAUUUCUGAUUAUCUUGAAAGAGCAUCCAAAUUGCGGCUUUUCCAAGUGGAUGAUUUUCAUUAUUUACGGUCCCUGGUAUUAACAGCUUCAUAUUAGUUUACCCGUUUCAGCAUGUUUGUAGUAUUAUAUUUGACAUAAAACGAGUAUUUUUGAUCAGAUGUUGACCUUUAAGCAGGGAAACAUUUGCACCACCUGGCUUGAAUGACCUAAACUAUUCAAAAAAAUAUAAAAAAAACAACAAAAAAUAAGAAAAAAAAAACAAAAAAUGAACAAACCAUGAUGUUUAUUUGUGGCAACACAGUACAGCAUGUAUACGACAAUGUUUACUAAAAUCUGUAUGAAAUUUGAAACUUGAACAUUAUGAAAUUUAUCCAAUGUAUACGAUGUAUAUGAAGUUUAACGGAACAACAACAUGUCAGCAGAGUCAAAAAAUCAAUUAUAAUUAUUCAGUAAAAACAUUUAAGGCGAUUGAUGGUGCAUUUUUCCUUCAUUUCCAAUGCUGUAUUCAGUCACGAGUAUUUCUUUUUAUUUGUAUAAUCAAGCAAACGAUAAAACUUCGAAUAGGUGUGUCAUACUUUUUGUUGCGCUUUUAAAACAAAUUAAAUGAAUUUCUUAAACUACAUACAACAACAGAAAAGUGAAAAGGUUCCCAGUUUCAUAUAAACAAUAAACAACAAAUAAAUAAUUGGUCUAAUUUGUAAAACUUACAUGCUAAAUACAUGAACAAAUUCUUUCUAUGUAACCCCGAAAAAAUAUAUAUUAAUUUUAGCAUUACGCGAAUAACUUAAUAAAUAAGUACUAUAUAUCAUA